ACCGGAAGUCAGUGGAUGGAACUGGCUAGCCUAACUAGCUAAAAGAAGCGCAGAGAUCCUCCGACAAAGGUUUGAGGGUACCGAUCUCUGGAGAUAAGCGAGAAAUAACAUUAUACGAGCUUUAUAAAAUAAUCACAGCAACCACGGGGGUUGCAGGUCUGGUCAGCAACACAGCAAGGUAGGAUCAGUUCUGUUAACAUCAUGGCAGAUGGCAGGAUCUACGUGGGUAACCUUCCAGCUGAUGUGCAAGAGAGGGACAUUGAGGAUAUAUUCUUCAAAUAUGGCAAAAUCAGAGACAUUGAGUUGAAGAACAACAGAGGCACUAUUCCCUUUGCCUUUGUGCGCUUUGAAGAUCCACGGGAUGCCGAGGAUGCAGUCUAUGGGAGGAAUGGUUAUGGAUUUGGAGACUGCAAGCUUCGCGUUGAGCACCCUCGCUCUGCCUCCUCUAAAUUCAACGGGUCUAUGGGUGGUAGUGGUCGCGGGAGUGGGGACGGAGGUCCCGGUGGUCCUAAAGGGAGGUUUGGGCCUCCUACUCGGAGAUCAGAGUUCAGAGUUAUUGUGACUGGCCUGCCUCCGACUGGGAGCUGGCAAGACUUGAAAGAUCACAUGAGGGAGGCUGGAGAUGUUUGUUUCACAGAUGUUCAGCGGGAUGGUGAAGGGGUGGUGGAGUUCCUGCGCAGAGAGGACAUGGAGUAUGCCAUGCGGCGCCUGGACAGGACAGAGUUCAGAUCACACCAGGGGGAGACUUCAUCUAUCCGAGUCCAUGGAGAGAUGGGGGGCAGCAGAGGACGCUCGCGGUCCCGUUCCAGAUCCAGGGGACGGUACUCACCCGCUUAUCAAGGUCGCGGCUCUCCACCCCCUCGUUAUCAGUCGCCCCCUGCUCGUAGAUUGUCUCGCCAUAGCCCCCCUCCACGUCGCCCCUCUGCAGCACACCGUAGCCCAUCAAGCCGCAGCCCACCCCCUCGUCACUACCGAUAGUCUACCUACAGGAGGGCGCCAAGACUGGCGAUUACUUUAUUUUGUGUUGCUUUUUAAGUAUGUCAUGUGCAUUCCACUAUGAGGACUGUCUCCAGAGGACUUUUUAAAUGGUGUAGACAGAGCGGAUGGGUAGAUCUGCAUUUGCCUCACAUUCUCAUUGAUUCAUUCUCAGACCUAGGAUAUGGCUGGUUAGGGAUAUUUGUGAAGGAGACUGCAUACUAGAAGAAUACAACAUAAUACAGCUCUUUAAUGUAGUUUAUUUUUAUCAUGUUUCUGUAAGAGCCUGUCUAGCCUGCCCUGCCUUGUAGAUGGUUGCCUCGCAAGUGUUAUAAAUUUUGUUCCUCUUUUUUAUUUUACGUGAGAAUGAAAUUAUUUCUUUCUCCUGCCCCGUUCUCAAAAUAAUCUUUGUAAAAAGUGUUAUUUUUUUCAAAUAAAGUGAGGACUCUUAGUA